CUCCCUCUUCAAGUCUCCCCCAUGCUUUGUGAAAAACUCAAGGCAUCAGUGGUGAGAGCUCAGUCUGUUGAAGUGGCCGGCUUUUGAACCAUACCCCAGUCUGAGCACCAGGAAAGUUCACAGGGAGAAGUGCAGCUUUGGGAAGUAGGGCCUUGACUAAAGCCUUGCAUUGUGAUUUAUUGCUACAGAACAGGAGGAGUGAGUAGAGGAGAGAACCUCUGAAGACUUGGACAAAGAGAGAGACAGAGACAUGAGUCCUGCGCACUGCAGCCCGGUGAAGACAGACUAUAAUAUACACGUGAAACCAUAACUGCAGGAAAACAUCCCCCUCACUACUGGUAACAAAAAGGGAGGCCUGGAGGGAGUACCAGUAGCUGCCCAUCUAUCCAUUCAGUCAGCCAGCAGCAAUGCAAGGGCUGAUGUGGCGUCUGUGCGCCUUGCUCUGCCUCUCCCUCUGGCAGGAAAGUUACUGCAGGAGCUCCAGGGAAGCCCGGAGGACCAAAGAGCCUUCUCUCCACAGGAGUAAAAGAGCUCCUCUGGAUCCUGAUGCCAAAAAAUGCUCUUAUACCUUCCUUGUACCCGAGCAGAGAAUCACAGGUCCAAUCUGUGCCAGCACCACAGGCCCAGAGCCAGACAAGGAAAGAGUGACCCGUAUGGAGAUUGCAGAUGUGCGGGAUGUGCUCAACAAACAGCGCCGUGAGAUUGAGACGCUGCAGCUGGUGGUAGAUGUGGAUGGUAACUUGGUGAAUGAGAUGAAGCUGCUGCGGAAAGAGAGCAGGAACAUGAACUCCAGGGUGACCCAACUAUAUAUGCAGCUGCUACAUGAGAUCAUCAGGAAGAGAGACAACUCCUUGGAGCUCGCCCAGCUGGAGAACCGUGUCCUCAAUGUGACCUCAGAGAUGAUGCGACUGGCUUCAAGGUAUAGGGAGCUAGAGGCCCGUUUUGCCACAAUGGCCGGAGUGGUCAACAACCAGUCCAUUCUCAUAUCUGUACUGGAGGAGCAGUGUAUGAGGACGCUGGGACGCAGCGAGUUGCCUGCAGUUCCCCCUCUGGUGCAGGUGGUACCGCAGAAUAUACCAGUCAACAACCGUUUCACCAAUGAGAUACAGAGGGACAAUAACAACAGGGAGUUCUCCCGUGGACCACGCAUCAACCCACCUACAAUAAGCCCUUUUGGGAUUGACCCUCCACCACCGCAAGGAACGCUUACCUCUGAUGGUCCCUUCAAUGACUGCUACCAGGUGCGAAAGGCAGGCUACACCACCAGUGGUAUGUACCUUCUUAAGGCAAACGGCAGUGACCGACUGAUCCAAGCCUGGUGCGAGCAUGGCCUCGACAAUGGAGGAUGGACAGUUAUGCAAAGGAGGAAAGAUGGCUCUGUUAACUUCUUCCGUAACUGGGAGAACUACAAGAAAGGCUUCGGUAACAUAGAUGGCGAACACUGGCUCGGCCUGGAAAACAUCUACAAUCUUACGAAACAGGGUGAUUACAAGCUGAUGAUAGAGCUGGAAGACUGGACAGGAAAAAAGGUGUAUGCCGAGUACAGCAGCUUUCAUCUGGAGUCUGAGAAGGAGGGCUACCGGCUGAGGCUAGGCACCUACCAGGGCAAUGCUGGUGACUCCUUUAGCAGUCACAACGGCAAACAGUUCACUACGCUCGAUCGUGACAAGGACUCCUUCUCUGGUAACUGCGCCCACUUCCACAAGGGCGGCUGGUGGUACAAUGCCUGCGGACAGACCAAUCUGAAUGGGGUGUGGUACAGCGGGGGAGUUUACCGCAGCAAGUUUCAGGAUGGAAUCUUCUGGGCAGACUACGGGGGCGGUUUCUACUCCCUAAAAUCAGUCCGCCUCAUGAUGCGGCCAAUUGACUAGGACCAUGAACUGUGGUUCUUUCAGAUGCAUCUCAGUCUCCAUCCUUAUCUUUCUCUACCCAUAAAUAAAUAAAUACUGUAAAGGCAGAAGCAGGAAUCUCUGCCACAGCUAAGGAAGAGGUAGUGACAUGUUUAUGGCCAACAGUCCACUCUGUGGCUAGUCAACUGUUACGCUGACAUGAAGACUGAUACCACUGCCUUCCCCAAGUAACUACUCUCCAUCUCCUAUCAGUGUGGACAGUCCAUGAAGUUCCCUGAGGCCUUUUAGUAUGACUAUGUCCUAUUUUACUCACUCUUCUUGAGAUUAAGUAUGUUAUAAAGGGAAAUUAUUAUUUACUACAGUGAUGAGAUUUCUUCUGAGCAGCUAAUGGUGACUUAUUGAAAGUGUUCCCCAUAGGAUGGGGCAUUGAAUAAACUGCGAUGUUUAAUCGUGGUAGCAUGAAAAAUUAAUGCAAUCUAAAGUAGUGCUGAGAAGACCUGCCAAACAGUGAGAGGAAAUAAAUAGUUCACCUACUGUCUACCGUUUCUACUGGAUUUCCUGGACUUCUGGGGCAACAACCGACCCCCAGCACCAAACCCACAAACCCACCGACUGAACAGAAACAGAACCUGUGCAACGAUGUGCUUGUUCAAUGUGCGUAUGGCUGAGAUGGCUUUAGUAUGUAAAUAUCUUUGGCUUUAUUUGUGAAAGUUAAUUUAAAAAGGUUGUGAUUCUACUCAGGCCAAAUGUUCACAAUGUCAUCACUCUGCCAUUCUUUGUUAUUUAACAGUGUAUUUAUAUUUAAUAUAGUCAUGCCAUUGUUAUAUCUAGCCCUGUAACAAUACAAUUCUUUACACUUUUCUUAUCCAGUGUAGAAAUACAUCAGUAGCACUUCAACACACAUACACACACGCGCGCAAACACACAAGAAAACUAUCUGGAGUGGAUAUCUAGUUGACUUUAGGAUGGACAAGUUGUGACAUGAGCUACCAGCCAUCAGAGAGGAAUUAAAUUCUUUCAUAAACAAUAAAAUGUCUCACUUUUCA